AUGUUUACCGCCAAAAGGCUAGCAAAAGCAAAGCAGAAACUGCCCCCAGGAAUCGAGCUGGUCAAGGCAGACGACUUCCGAGAAUGGCAGGUCGACAUACAAGUCUUGGACGACAACCCGUUAUACAAUAACCAAGUGUUCCGGCUGAGUUUCAUCUUCUCCGACAACUACCCGAUCGAAUCUCCAGAAGUCACUUUCAUCAACGUCCCGCCAUCGUCGGACGCCGCGCCUUCGAGUUCCCAAUCGCAACCCCAAACCUCGCAACCGCCCACUCCCUUUCCCGGCCGACCUAUACCCAUUCACCCACACAUCUACAGCAAUGGAAUCAUCUGUCUAGAUCUGCUCGGCACCGCCGGCUGGUCGCCCGUGCAGAGCGUCGAGAGCGUAUGCAUGAGCAUCCAGAGUAUGUUAACCGGCAACUCCAAGAACGAGCGGCCUCAGGGCGACGAACAGUUCUGCCAGAGCAUGGGCGUGCGCGGGCCCAACGGCUGGAGCGGUUGGAGAAGCGGCGGCACAGGACGUGGUCUGAAAGAUGUCAGGUUUGCUUAUGAUGACGAUACCGUAUGA